GGGAAGAGGGAAGGCGGCUGCCAGAGGCCAGAGCACAGAGCAGCGAGCGUUGAGCAGUGAGACAGUGAGUGAAGAAGAAGUCCUCGCGAGUCCUGUCAGCUUGCAUCUUCACGCGGUGGCCAGUUGUUUGCUGCCCCUGCGUUCAACUAUCCUGAGGCGUCCGAACGGCAUGUAAACCGGUGUCUUUGCACAUUGUUAGGAGAUGCCGUCGUCGGACGACGGUGGCGACUCAAUGCGCGCUGAUGAAGACGGACCCGACUCGGUGGUGGUCGCGGCACCAACGGGCGUUGACGCCGAGUGGCUGCUCAGAGAGUUGCGCUCGGACAGCGGCCGGUGCGUUCUGAUUGACUGCCGAAGCUCGGUUGAAUUUGGCGAGGCCCACAUCCGGCAUGCCGUCAACCUGUCCAUCCCGAGCAUCAUGCUGCGGAGGCUGGCCGCCGGCAAGAUUGACCUCGUCUCCACCAUCAAGUGUCGCGAGCUGAAGGCCAAAAUCGCCGACGCCCUCGGCCACAACGUGUUCGUCGUCUACGGCGAUUCGGCAGACGCCAACCACCCGAAUUAUAACGACACACUAGAAAUUCUCACUAGAAGGCUCAAACAAGAUGGCUGCCGGGUGGCAUGUCUCAAUGGCGGUUUCGGCGAGUUCAAGGCGCGUUACCCUGAAUGGUGCGAGAGCGACGCAGCCGACGUUGCAGCGCCAUUGAUGGGGCUGCGCUCGCUUCGCAUCUCAUCAAGUUCGUCCAGUGCAUCAAGCUCGUCCGGUGGAGGCUCAAGUGACGUUGACGACGCCGACCGCUGCGAUUCAUCUCUUGGUCUUGACGAGGACCGAGAAUUUCCCGUCGAGAUUGUGCCGUUCCUCUUCCUUGGCAACGCGGUCAACAGUGAGGACAUCGAAGCCCUCCAGAGGCACCGCAUUCAGUACAUUAUGAAUGUGACGCCGGAUUUGCCAAAUGUGUUCGAGGACUCUGGCAACAUUCGCUACAUGCAGAUCCCAAUCGCCGAUCACUGGAACCAGAACCUCGCUUGCUUCUUCCCGAAGGCCAUUGAGUUCAUUGACGAAGCCCGCAACAGCCAGAAAGGUGUGCUGGUACACUGCCUAGCUGGCGUUUCUCGCUCAGUUACCAUCACCGUCGCUUACCUCAUGUACAAGAUGCACUUGUCACUGAACGAUGCAUUCAACGUGGUUCGCAACCGCAAAUCCAACAUUGCACCCAACUUCAACUUCAUGGAGCAGCUGCAUUCUUUUGAGCAAGAGCUGCGACUCCGAGGCGAGUUCGCUCCAGCGCACACACCCCUGCUGUCCAUACAGCCGCCCGAGGUGGCUGCUCUGCGCGGCCAAGGGCCCAUGACACGGCGUUGCCCAUGCGGACGCCCAGACUGCACUUGCCAGCCACAGAACUCGCAGUUCCUGUCACCGCUGCUGCCCACCGGCGCCAGUCCAGACAGCGGCAUAGAGUUCGACCGCUGGGCCUCAACAGCCAACGAGUAGUAGUGACUGAUUUGAUAGACACUUUUGGUGUUUUUAGAAAGGACACAUUCUCUUCCAUGUGUUAUCUUUGUGGUCUCUCCUUGUUAUUACUCUUGUUCCUGGCAUACUGCAGAACGGUCGGACAAAAUUGGAUUGACGAAUGGACUCUCUAAUUUUUUCUUAAAUGCUCUAAUUUUUUAUCAAAUCUGAUGGAACUUCUCUUUAUGUUGCAUAAUUGCUAAAUGACAUCUUUGUAAGUGCAAAGUAGAUCAAAAUAUAUUUAUGUACAAUGCUUUUAUAUAUCUCAAAUUUAGCUCCAUGCAGUUCCAAAAAAGUUGGAUUUUAAAUUAUUGGGAAGAGACGGAAUAGAAAUUCCCAUAUUUGAAACAGCUCUCAUUAAUGUCUUUGUGUGUGCUGAAAAUGAAAACACUUGGUGGUCAAAAUAUUAAUUAGAGUUGAAUUACUCUUGACGAUAGUUGCUUAGACUUGAUGCAUUUAUUCUGAAAAGAAAUGCAAUUAGAAUCCGACCGUUUCUGCUAUGUAAAAUUCAACGUUAUAGAAAAGGCAAGCCAAGUGCAUGGCACUGGCAUUUGUUUUUGACACAAUUUACUUUAUAUUAUAUCACUGGCAUGCAGUCAAGUGAACAGCUCAGUGGACACGUUCAUUUUCCUACUCUUUUUUCCAUAAUUGUAAAUCAACUGCCAUUUUUUUUUAUAAUACUUGUUAUAAUUUAAUCAACAGAAUGUGCAAAUACACAAUCUGCUUCUGAUUAUCCUUUGAGCGGCUAACAAUGCAGUAAAUAUUUAAUUUGAAACUCUUUGCUGUGUCAAAAGAUGGACCUUCUUUGAUAAAUGACAGUAAGAAUUAAAGAAAGAAAGGAGUUUGUUAAUUGUGCCAUAUUUCUCUCUCACCUGUCCGAGAGUGCUUAAGGAACGAGAGUCAUUGACGUUGGUUUCAAAAAGAAAAUGUACAGCAAAUGAUAAUCAGGCAGGAUCCGUGAUUAUUGUUCAUGAUUAUAUUUACUGUUGAAUGGCUUCAUGUGUUAAUAUCAAGGUAAAUAACUUUUUUACAUUAGAAAGUGUUGCAGGCAAUUUAUUGCAAAUUGUGAAUUUAAGUUCUAUCAAACUGCAUUUUUAUAUUAUAUAAAAGGAGACGCGAACCACUUACGUGUUUAUUUUUAAUGUCUAGAGGAAAGCUUUGUAAGGAGUGCCAAAAACCUUUGUUAAAUUUUCGCAUUAGUUUGGCUUGCAUUCUCCACUUGUACAUCUUAAAAGAUUCCUUGUAUAUCAGCAAAAUUGGAGCUGAAGAAAAAACAAAGCUUUGAUCUCCUUGGCACUUUUGUACAAAUAAUAGAUCCAAAAAUUGAAAGAGGAAAGCAGCCAUAUAAUGUUACUUGUUUUUACUGCCAUCAUUUUCUGUGCAAUUUUUAAUUGUAAUGGAAAUAGAGUAUAUAUUGUCUAUUGAUGUUGAUGCACAAAUUAAUACAAUUUAAAUUCUAAAAGUCUCUUGUUUCCUGAGAUAAAGAUGCAAAUAAGUAAAAUUAGGACGCACAAUAUACACACUUAAGUAAUACAAGGAAAACAGUUUAUAUAGCAAGAAGACAAAGAUCAACUAUAAUGUCAUGUACAUUUUAGUGUUGGCCACUCCGUCUCCAUUAAUAGUGUACUCCAUCAUUCAAUCAAUAAAUCUCUGUAUUUAAAAUGA